AACUUGUCCCCACGUGAGAAAGGUGGCAGAAGAAUACAUCGAUUCAUAGCAAUUGUUUAAUAUUGGUAUUGGAGGUGGGGUGGGGCAUCAUACAAUAUCAUUCCCUUCUCUUUUUGUUUAAUUAUCAUAUCCUCCUUUUCUUUUCUUUUUUUCUGUACAAUAUUUUUGUGGUUGGUGUCAUUGUUCAAUGAUAAGAAGGGGUUGGUGUGUGUGCAGCUUCCUUGUUUGUUUGUUUGUUUCUUUGCUCCUUUGGGAUCUUCUUUGGGAUCAAUCUUGUCUCCUUUAUUUGUUAAUUAAGACACUAAUCGGCACCCUUUUCUGAUUUCCUCCUUCCUGCUUCUUUGGGUUCUCUCUACUUGAGGUUGGCUACCAGGAAUACUUACAUAUACAUACAUAUAUAUAUAUAUUUUUUUUUUAAUUCUGCAAUUCUUGUUGAUUCUGUCUGUAUUUAUGUUAGUAGUCAACAGAUUGUUUGUAAGAAAACAAUUUGUGUAGUUAUCCUUCACAUGGCGAUUUGGGUCAAUGGAGUUUUUGAUUGUCUGAAGAUGAUGGAUUGAUUGACUUUGUUCAUCACAUCCAAAAAAGUCGAAUGUUCAAUUGAAAGCCAGUUGUGAUGGUUUGUCUCCCACUCGCCAAUUUCCGCACGAGCCUUACUGUUCUUCUGCUGCUAUCCAAAACCUAACAGCCAUGGCUGAAUACUAUCCAAGCGAAGGAGAUAUGCUUCCAACUCCACCAUAUCUGCUGAAUCACAAACCUCCAUCUUCUUACCCAUCAUCCGAUCUCCAAGACAACAACAGCAGCAACAAAUCCCUUCUACUAUCCUACUCAAAUUUGCUGUCCGGUCAUGAUCUUGUCGUAACUGAUCAAUCCCCUGCAGUCACCAGAGAUGAGAUGCUGUUCAUGCCUCCACCCGGCGUCGGAAUGCUGCCGGACAAGAUCGACAAUCCAAUAACCUUCGACAACACACUUGUCCCAGACAACACCUUAUUGCAACAUUCGAAUCAUGGAUUGUCUCUCACCCUCGGAUCACAAGAUUCAUCCCUCCUCCAUUUAAAUUCCGAUUCGGAACAGUUCGCCGCCUCUGCUUUCCAUCAGUUAUUACAUCCCAAUGUCCCAUCAGAGCUCCAUCUUUCUCCCAACAAUGGCUUCAAGAACACACAGUACUUAUCCUUCGACUUCUCAGCCCCAACUCAAGAUGCCGGCAGCCUUUGCAGCUCGAGAUACCUCAAGGCGGCGCAAGAUUUGCUCGACGAAAUAGUAACUGUCCAUAGAGCUCCUAAAAUGUCUGAGAAAGUACGUAACCAAUCCAACGACGCCAAUUCGAAACGGGAUUCGCUCAAUGUCGAUGCUAACGAUCCGAGCACCGAUCGAAUCCCCCGCAAUCUCUCCCCUGCAGACCGCCAUGAUCUGCAGAACAAGAUCACCAAACUUUUAGGCAUGUUGGAUGAGGUCGAUAGAAGAUACAAACAAUACUGCCAUCAAAUGCAAGUCGUGUCAUCAUCCUUCGAAAUGGCGGCAGGUCGCGGCGCGGCGCAUCCGUACACGUCGCUUGCGCAACGAACGAUUUCGCGGCAAUUUCGAUGCCUUUGCGACGCGAUCAAGAAGCAAAUUCAAUCUGCACAAAGGAGCUUAGGGGAAGAGGAUUCUAGCCCGAACGGCGUAGGCGUGUUAUCGCGUCUACGCUACGUCGAUCAGCAGCUCAGACAGCAAAAGGCGAUCCAGCAGUUUGGUGUAAUGAGACAACCUUGGAGGCCUCAAAGAGGCUUGCCCGAAACUGCGGUGUCAAUCCUCCGAGCUUGGCUAUUCGAGCAUUUUCUCCAUCCCUAUCCGAAAGACUCGGAAAAAAUUGUUCUUGGGAGGCAGACAGGGCUAACGAGGAAUCAAGUGGCGAAUUGGUUCAUAAAUGCGCGUGUACGCCUCUGGAAGCCGAUGAUCGAGGAGAUGUACAAGGAGGAGUUUGGAGGAUCCGAGGUUGAGCCAAAAUCUUCGGAAGAGAAUGCAGGAUCAAGCCAAGAGAUGUCUGCUUUGGACAACCAAUCGCCAAUGCAGUCGAGCAACAUUGAUGUAAUAAUUUCGAAUACAGAGACUAAUGGAAACAGAGCAGGAUUGGUCUGCGACGAUGGAACUUUCCGAGGCGACCAAGUUAGUUUCGGGCUAAUGCAAACGCAGGUGUCGGGCGAACAAACGGCGAAUAAUUCGGGCAGGUUUGCGAAUGCUCAUCUCUUGUCUGAUUUUGUUGCAUGAUCAUCUAUCACAAAUAAUUGUUUGUAAGUAAGUGAGAAAUUCAUGAAGUCGUCAAUCAUCUUGGGAUGCAUUGAUGGUCCAUUUUGUAUAGAAUUUGGAUUUGUUCAUUGUCUGUAAAAUUAUUAGGUUAUACAAUAAGAGUGAAUAAUUCCAAUUUUA